AUGGCAGGUUCCUCCGAGGAGCAGGCUUCUGACUACAGGCAGAUCCUGAGCAUAGGUGAUGAGGCCAAGCGACUGGUGGCCCUCAAUGAGCACCUCAGCACACGCAGCUAUGUGCAGGGCCAUGCGCUGUCCCAGGCCGACGUGGACGCCUUCAGGCAGUUCUCGGCGCCUCCCACGGACCUGCAGCUCUUCCACGUGGUGCGCUGGUUCCGGCAUGUCAAGGCGGUCCUUGGGGACCACCAUGGCCCACACACCCCACUCCAGCCCUGUGGGCCGCAAGCAGGUAAAGGCCGGCGUGGGCAACCCCAGUGGUCACCACCAGCGGGCACCGAGCUGUGCAGGCUGCGCCUCUACAACAGCCUCACACGGAACAAGGACGUGUUUAUACCUCAGAACGGGAAGAAGGUGACGUGGUACUGCUGUGGGCCGACGGUCUACGACGCUUCUCACAUGGGGCAUGCCAGGUCCUACAUCUCCUUCGACAUCCUGAGAAGAGUGCUGAGAGAUUACUUCAAGUAUGACGUCUUCUACUGCAUGAACAUCACGGACAUCGAUGAUAAGAUCAUCAGGCGAGCGCGGCAGAACCACCUCUUCCAGCGGUACCGGGAGAAGCAGCCGCAGGCAGCUGAGCUCCUGGAGGACGUGUGCAGUGCCUUGCAGCCAUUCUCCACGAGGCUGAAGGAGACCACAGACCCCGACAAGAGGCAGCUGCUAGAGCGGACCCAGCACAGCGUGGAGCUCGCGGCAGAGCCGCUCAGGAGCGCCUUGGCCGCCCAGCUGCCCCCCGAGGAGACCAGCCGCUGUGCGGAGGUCCUGCUGGAAGCGGCCAAGGACCUGCUGUCUGAGUGGCUGGACUCAAGGUUUGGCAGCGAGGUGACCGACAAUUCCAUCUUCUCUGAACUGCCCAAGUUCUGGGAGGAAGCGUUCCACAGGGACAUGGCGGCUCUGAACGUCCUCCCUCCAGACGUCCUAACGCGGGUCAGUGAAUACGUGCCAGAGAUCGUCCACUUCGUGCAGAGGAUUGUGGACAACGGCUAUGGCUACGUCUCCAAUGGCUCUGUCUACUUUGACACGGUCAAGUUUGCCUCCAGUGAGAAGCACUCCUAUGCGAAGCUGGUGCCGGAAGCCGUGGGAGACCAGAAGGCCCUUCAGGAGGGGGAAGGUGACCUGAGCGUGUCUGCCGAACGCCUGAGUGAGAAGCGGUCACCCAGCGACUUUGCCCUGUGGAAGGCCUCCAAACCCGGGGAACCUUCAUGGCCGUGCCCCUGGGGACGGGGCCGCCCAGGCUGGCACAUCGAGUGCUCUGCCAUGGCGAGUACCUUGUUGGGGGCCUCGAUGGACAUCCAUGGGGGCGGUUUCGACCUCCGCUUCCCCCACCACGACAAUGAGCUGGCCCAGUCUGAGGCCUACUUUGAAAACGACUGUUGGGUCAGGUACUUCCUGCACACGGGCCACCUGACCAUCGCAGGCUGCAAGAUGUCCAAGUCCCUGAAGAACUUCAUCACCAUCCAGGAUGCCCUGAAGAAGCAUUCCGCACGCCAGCUGCGGCUGGCUUUCCUCAUGCACGCCUGGAAAGACACGCUUGACUACUCCAGCAACACCAUGGAGUCGGCCCUUCAGUACGAGAAGUUCAUGAACGAGUUUUUCUUAAACGUGAAAGAUCUCCUCCGAGCCCCUGUGGACGUGACGGGACAGUUUGAGAAGUGGGAAGAGGAGGAAACAGAGCUAAAUAAAAAUUUCUACAACAAGAAGUCCGCCGUCCACGAGGCUCUCUGUGACAACGUGGACACCCGUACGGCCCUGGAGGAGAUGCGGGCCCUGGUCAGCCAGUGCAACCUCUACAUGGCGGCCAGGAAGGCAGCCCGCCGGCGGCCCAACCGCAUCCUGCUGGAGAGCAUUGCCCUCUACCUCACACACAUGCUCAAGAUCUUUGGGGCCAUCGAUGAGGAUAGCUCCCUGGGCUUCCCUGUCGGCGGACGUGGGGCCGGACUAGACCUCGAGGCCACCGUGAUGCCGUACCUGCAGGCGCUGUCAGAGUUCAGGGAAGGAGUGCGGAGAAUCGCCAGAGAGAAGAAAGUCCCUGAGGUACUGCAGCUCAGCGACACCUUACGAGAUGACAUCCUGCCCGAGCUCGGGGUCCGGCUGGAAGACCAUGAAGGGCUCCCCACCGUGGUCAAGCUGGUGGACAGAGAGACCUUGUUGAGAGAGAGAGAAGAGAGGAAAAGGGUGGAAGAGGAGAAGAGGAGGAAGAAGGAGGAGGCGGCCAGAAGGAAGCAGGAGCAGGAGGCGGCAAAACUGGCUAAGAUGCGCAUCCCGCCCCGGGAGAUGUUCCUGUCAGAGAGCGACAAGUACUCCAAGUUUGACGACACCGGCCUUCCCACACACGACACAGACGGCAAGGAGAUCAGCAAAGGCCAGGCCAAGAAGCUGAAGAAGCUGUGGGAGGCGCAGGAGAAGCUGCACCGGGAGUACCUGCAGAUGAUGCAGGACGGGAGCGCGCCAUGA